AUGUAUACUCAGUCACUUCUCGUCUCGCUUUUGGCCGGACUAGCUGCCGCUGGUCCGGUAGAGGUACGCCAACUCCUAGGCGGGACUGGAUCAACAUCCAAAGAAUUCAGCCGAGGCGGAUGCAAAGACGUCCUCUUUGCAUGGGCUCGUGGAUCGACUGAAAUAGGCAAUAUGGGCACUGUCGUGGGCCCGCCCACCUCCGACGGCCUCAAGCGCGCAUUUGGCCGCGAUGCAGUCGCGACCGAGGGAAUUGGCACAAAUGCUCUUCCCGGUGGUACCGACGCGGCCUCCGAGCGCCUCAUGGCCACCACGCUCACAAACAUGGCGUCCAAAUGCCCUGACUCGGUCAUCGUAGCAGGCGGCUACUCCCAGGGCGCAGCAGUCUGUCACCGCAGCAUCGAAGGCCUUCCUGCAAACGUGAAGGAGCAGAUCGCUGGCGUUGUACUUUACGGUGACACACAGAAGUUGCAAGACAGGAACCAAAUCCCCAACUUCCCCAAGGAGAAAGUGAAGAUUAUCUGCCAGCCGGGUGAUGCAGUAUGUCUUGGUACGUUGGCGGUGUUGCCGGCGCACUUGACAUACGGUGUCAGGGCAAACGAGGGUGUGCAGUUCUUGACUGCGCAGAUCAAGGGUACACAGGCGAAGAUUAAGGCGAGGAACGCGAAGAGUGAGGCCGAGAAGCUGGCGAAGGAAGUCAAGAGGGUCGCCAAGGAGAUUGUUGCUUAG